AUGCAUUCAAUGAAGAAGUCAAACGAAGUCGUUGAACAAUCUGGUCAAGAUCUCUUGGAAUUGAAUCGACAAAAACUUCAAUUUCGAACAAAUGAUUCGCAACCAAUUUAUAAAGCACUUGCUUUACAUAACUUUUAUGCUGAAACAAACAAAGAAUUGCCUUUUAAAAAAGGCGAUACGAUGCUUGUAAAACGUCGUAUCAAUGAUAAUUGGCUUGAAGGUGAAAAUCAAGGUUUAACAGGUAUAUUUCCUCUCAAUCAUGUUCAACUAUUUCCAUGUGAAGCGAUUGGACAACCAAGUGCCAAAGAAAUAGAACAACAUAUUGAAGGUGAACCUAUUGUUAAAAAUGAUUUUAUACCAGUAAAAAGUUAUGAAUUACAAUUAAAAAAAGGUGAUAAAGUCAUUUUAUUACGAAAAUUUGAUAAUAACUGGUAUGAAGGACGUAUUAAUCAUAGUGAAGAUAUUUUUCCUGUUGAGUAUGUCGAAACAGUAAAAGAAUCCAAGGAUACGCCAUUAAAGCAAUCCUAUCAAGAUGAACAUAUAAAAAAUGCCACUAAAAUGCCAAAAAGUGUACUAAAAAAUUCGAUUCAAUUACAAUCAACAGAAAAAGAAAAAGAUAAAGAUAAAGAUAAUAUUGUUCCUGAAUCGUCUUUACCUUUACAAACAUGCCAAGUACUGUAUGAUUAUAAACCAAAAAAUCCAGAUGAACUUGAAAUUCAUGUUGGCGAUAUAAUUAGUAUUGUUGAAAUAUGUGACGAUGGAUGGCAAUUAUGUCCAAAUUUUACCGAAUUAAAAAUAAAUAAUCCUGCAAUGGAAAUCGAUUUUUAA